GCCGCUGGUUCCCAGCCGGGCCGGCCCCGGGCAUGGCUUCCCGGGAGCGCCUCUGCGAGCUCUGGAUGCUCUACUUCGCCAAGAAGGACCUGUCCUACCUGCAGCAGUGGCUGGAGGCCUUCGUCAGCAGCUUCGAGAGGGUCAUCGCCCUGCCCUCGCUGCAGCCCCGCAGGCCGGAGGAUCCGGGCUCAGAGAUCCCGGCGCUGCCGCGGGAGGUGCUGCAGGUGCUGAGCCAGCGGCUGGGACACAGCGUGGCCGCGGGGACGCGCGACGGCGAGCGCGGCGCGGGGCUGGGCCAGGCCCUGCUGCUCCUCAAGUUCUUCAUCAUCAUCUGCAGGAACCUGGAGAACGUUCAGCCCGACCGGAGCCCCGGCUGCCUCCCGCACGUGCUGCGGCUGCUGCGGCUCUGCGGGAGCCAGCUGGAGAAGGGGACACAGCUGGAAAACGGGACACAGCUGGAAAACCGGACACAGCUGGAAAACCGGACACAGCUGGAAAACGGGAUGCUCCACGCCCUGCACCUCUGCGAGUGCUUCCUCGACCCCUACCAGACCUGGCGCCGGCAGCUGAGCGGGGAAUCCAUCAGCGCCAAGGAGAAGAGCAAAUACAAGUUUGCCCCUGCCCCGCUGCCCCCCGAGUUCGGUGCCUUUUUCCAAGAGAGUUUCCAAGCUGGGAAGCAGCUCCCGGAAACGAUCCAGCUCCGGAUUAUCCAUCUUUUUGGAGCCAUCCUCUCCGGAUCCAAGCCCAACGCGCUCCAGGCCAUCACUCCGGCGGCACUGGAAGCGCUCCUGGGGGUUCUGCGGCGGGGUGGCAGCGGGAGCCCCCCGUCCCCGGCGCUGCUGGAGGCCACGCUGCGCUCCAUGGUGGCCGCGGUCCACGUCCUGCACGGCUCCAGCCCCGGCGCCGGCCCCGUGUCCCUGCGGAGCCUCCUGGACGGAUACUUCAGGGUGCUCAACUCCGACCUCCCCGCGGCGUCCCUGGCGCCCGAGGCGGCCGGUGGCCUCAUCGCCCUGCGGGUGCUCAUGUUGGAUGCCAUCCCGGCCAUGCUGAACUGCCAGGACCGGCCGGUGCUCCAGGCCGUGUUCCUCAGCAACAACUGCUUCGAGCACAUCAUCCGCCUGCUCCAGAACAGCAAGCUCUACCUCGGCGGCUCGCGGGAGGCGGGUGAAGUCCGGGACGAGGUUCCCACCCGGAACGGGGAUGGACUCCAGCAGGUCAACGCCGGCAGCUCUGACGCCAUCGCUGUCCACGCCCUCGGCGUGCUCACGGCCAUCAUGAGCAACUCACCCUCGGCCAAGGAGGUGUUCAAGGAGCGCAUCGGCUACACCCACCUCUACGAGGUGCUGAGGAGCCAGGGCCAGCCCACCCAGCGUCUGCUCCAGGAGCUCCUCAACAUGGCAGUGGAGGGUGACCACAGCUCCUUCCCGGUGCAUCCCAUCCGCAACGAGCAGCCCCUGCUGAUCCUGCUGGCCUGGCUGCCGGCGCUGGAAUGCCGGGAUCUCCAGGUGUUCCUGUCGGCGUGGCUGCGGCGCCUCUGCGAGGCCUCCCUGCCCAGCCGCCUCACCUGCGUCAAGGCGGGCAUGGUGGGCUCCCUGCUGGGCGCCCUGGCCACCGAGCCGGCGCUUCCCAGUGCCUGCUCCCAAAACCUGCUGGAGCUGCUGCGCUCCUUGGGCAGCCUCUCCAUCCGGCCCGGGGAGCUGCGGCAGCUCCUGCGGCUGCUGCGGCGCGAGCGGGGCCGGGGGCCGCAUCCCUACGUGGCUCCGGUCAUCCGGGCGUUGUCCGGCAUGGCCAGGGGCGAGGGGCCUCCCCGGGCCCUGCAGAGCUUCGACCUGAGCCCCGGCAUGGCCGGCAUCAUGGUGCCCACCAUCCAGAAGUGGCCUGGCGGCGCCUUCGCCUUCCACGCCUGGCUGUGCCUGAGCGAGGAGGAGCCGGAGCCGCCGGCGAGGCCCAAGAGGAGGCAGCUCUACAGCUUCUUCACGGCGGGCGGGACGGGCUUUGAGGCGUUCUUCACCGCGGGCGGCGUGCUGGUGGUGGCCGUGUGCACCAAGAAGGAUUACAUGACGGUGGCACUGCCGGAGUUCGCCUUCAACGACUCGGCUUGGCACUGCGUUGACAUCGUCCACGUUGCCGGCCGUCGGCCCUUCGGCCAGAACAUCGUCAGCAUCUACGCCGACGGACACCUGCGGAAAACGGCGCAGCUCCGCUUCCCGUCCCUGCACGAGUCCUUCACCUCCUGCUGCAUCGGCUCCGCGGGCCACCGGACCACCACGACGGCCGCCACCGCUGCCGGGCACCCACCGGGAUCCCACGGGCCGGAGCUGGUCUUCCCCCAGCACCCUGUGCUGGGACGCUCCCAGUCUGUCCCCGCCACCCUCGGGCCCCACUCUUGGACCCCCACCCAGCUGCCCACCGAGGGGGUGGUGUCCACCACGGCGGCCGGAAGCCAGGACACGGAGUGGGGCAGCCCCACCUCGCUGGAAGGUCACCUGGGCUCUGUGGCCAUCUUCUGCGAGGCCCUGCAGCAAACCCAGGUCAAGGCUCUCUUCUGUGCAGGACCAAAUGUGACAUCCCCGUUCACUCUGGAAGGUGACUUGGUGGAGCUCAGCAGUAAACUCUUGCUGUACUACACCCCCCAGGCCUGCAGGAACAACAUCUGCUUGGACCUCUCUCCCAGCCACGGCUUGGACGGGAGGCUGACCGGACACAAGGUGGUCAACUGGGACAUCAAGGACGUGGUCAACUGCGUGGGUGGGAUGGGGGUGCUCCUGCCCCUGCUCGAGCAAGUGGUGUCCAAGACGGAGGAGCCUGAGGAUGAGCAGGAGACCAACGACCUGGUGGGGCCGGAGCUGACGUCCUCCAGGAACGCCCAGGGCAUGCUCAUCCCUCUGGGAAAGUCCUCAGAGAGCAGGCUGGAGAGGAACAGCGUGGCCGCCUUCCUGCUGCUGGUGAAGAACUUCCUGAGGAACCACGCCGUGAACCAGGAGAGCCUGGUGCAGUGCCAUGGGCCGGCCAUCAUUGGAGCGCUGCUGCACAAGGUCCCCGGCACACUGCUGGACAUGAGCACCUUGGUGGCCUCGCAGAUCCUCAUGGAGCAGGUGGCUUCUGAGGGCAGCGGGCUCCUGCUGCACCUCCUCUACCAGCACCUCCUCUUUGACUUCCGCAUCUGGAGCAACAGCGACUUCGCCGUGCGCUUAGGUCACAUCCAGUACCUGGCCAGCGUGGUCAAGGACCACAAGCAGCGCGUCCGCAGGAAGUACGGGGUGCAGUUCAUCCUGGACUCCAUCCGGACCUACUACAGCACCUCCAGGGAGAAGACCACGGCCACCGACGACAUCAGGACAGUGCAGACCUCCCUUUUCAGCCUGGUGAAGGACUUCUUCUGCAGGAGCUUCUCCGGGGAGGAGAUGCAGAGCUUGCUGAACUACCUGGCUGGGGCACAGGACGAGCAGCAGGUCUGUGGGGCGCUGGAGGUGAUCCACAGCCUGCUGAAGGGCUCCCCAGCCCAGGAGCAGCUCUUUGCUUUCCUCUUCGAGCCGGGCCACGUGGAGCUGCUCUUCUCCCUGCUGGUGCAGAAGAAGUUCUCGGAUGAAGUGCGGGAAAGGGUCUUCAAGAUCCUCUACAAGAUGCUGAAGUACGAGAAGGUCCCCGAGCGCAGCAAGAGCCGCCUGAAGCUGAAGGACAUCGGGUACCACGGGCUCAUCUCCUGCCUCAGCGACAUUCCCGGCUCCAUGCUGCUCUUCCGCUGCCUCUCGGAGCAGGUCCUGGGGGCAGACCCUCCCAACUACAAGGACCUGGUGGCUGUGGUGUACCUGUCCCACCGGGCUGAGCUGAGCAUCCGGCUCGACAUCUGCCGCAAGCUCUUCCACCUGAUCUACGCGCAGCAGGACCUGGUGAAGCAGCUGGCCAGGUUGGCCGGCUGGCAGGACACGCUCACCAAGCUCUACGUGAAGGAGCCUCAGACCAGGAGCUCUCCGAGGGCUUCUCCGACCACUCCAUCUCCCCGAGCGGUCGCACCAAGUCCUUCCACUCCUACAACUUCAAGUCCUUCGACUCCUGACCGGGCCAGCCGCUCGUCGUCCAACCCCGGGGACGGUCCCCCCUUCGAUGGCAUCUACCACCCGCUGUCCCCCUUCUCCACCUCGCCCUUCGACCUGGGGCUGGACCUGGCCAGCACCAGCUCCAUGGCCACGGCUGAGAGCGGCACCCAGACCCCGGCCAGCGGCCCCGGCACCCCCUCGCCCCUGGAGAGCUUCAAGCCCUUCCCAGGAAUGCGAGCGCGCAAGAGCUCCAGCCUGUCCAACGUCCUGGAUGAGAGCAGCUACCAGGACGCGCUGCCCAGCGACAACAUCUCCAACACCAGCAACCCCCAGCAAACCCCCGAGGAGGAGCUGUGCAACCUCCUGACCAACAUCAUCUUCUCGGUGACGUGGCGCGGGGUGGAGGGCUGGGACGACGCGGCCUGGAGGGAGCGCGGCCAAGUCUUCUCCGUGCUCACCAAGCUGGGCACGGCCUGCGAGCUGGUGCGGCCUCCGGAUGAGAUCAAGCGCAGCCUGCUGGAGAUGAUGCUGGAGUCGGCGCUGACCGACCUGAAGGAGUCGGGCAGGGCCGCGCUGCCCGGGCUCACCCACAACGCCCUCAAGCUGCUGCGGCUGCUCCAGGAUUUCCUCUUCUCCGAGGGACACAGCAACCAGGCCCUGUGGAGCGAGAAGAUCUACGAGGGUGUCAGCAGCCUGCUGGACAAGCUGGGCGUGUGGCACCACCUGUCCAACGGCUCCUCCGACCUGAGGGAGAUGGCGCAGACGGGCCUGCGGGUGCUCCUCGGGUACAUCCUGCUGCAGGACCCCCAGCUGCACUCGCUGGCCUACGUCAAGCUGCACAGCCUCCUGCAGACCACCUCGGCCCCGCGGAGGGACGAGGCCUGCUACCUGCUGGGGAAGCUGGAGACGCCCCUGCGGCGCUCCCUGGAUUCCAGGUCAGAGGCCUUCUCCUGGUUGGUGCCCAUCAUCCGCACGCUCAUGGAUCAGUGCUACGAGACCCUGCAGCUGCAGCAGUUCCUGCCCUCGCUGCCCCCCACCAACGGCAGCCCCACCUUCUACGAGGAUUUCCAGCUCUUCUGCAGCACCCCAGAGUGGAGGGGCUUCAUCGAGAAGCACGUGCAGCCCACCAUGGCCCAGUUUGAGAUGGACACGUUUGCCAGGAGCCACGACCUGAUGUCCAAUUUCUGGAACGCCUGUUACGAUGCCAUGAUGAGCAGCUCCCAGCGCCGGGAGCAGGAGAAGGCGGCCAGCCGCAAGUUGUUCCAGCCACCUCCCGCCCCCACCCAGUUCCCCUGGAUCCUGCGGGAUUACGUCUCGGAGACCCUGGACCUCACCAACCCGGCCGUGUUCCGGGACCUGUCCAAGCCCAUCGGGGUGGCCAACGAGCGGCACGCCCGCGACGUCAAGGAGAAGUACGAGAGCUUCGAGGACCCCACGGGCACGGUGGACAAGUUCCACUACGGCACUCACUACUCCAACGCCGCCGGGGUGAUGCACUACCUGAUCCGCACCGAGCCCUUCACCACCCUCCACAUCCAGCUGCAGAGCGGCAGGUUUGACUGCUCGGACCGGCAGUUCCACUCGGUGCCAGCGGCCUGGCAAGCCCGCAUGGAGAACCCGGUGGAUGUCAAGGAGCUCAUCCCGGAGUUCUUCUACUUCCCGGAGUUCCUGGAGAACCAGAACGGCUUUGACCUGGGCUGCCUCCAGCUCUCCAAUGAGAAGGUCGGGGACGUGGUGCUGCCGCGCUGGGCGCGCUCCCGCGAGGACUUCAUCCAGCAGCACCGCAAAGCCCUGGAGUCGGAAUAUGUCUCUGCCCACCUCCACGAGUGGAUCGACCUCAUUUUUGGGUACAAGCAGCGCGGCCCGGCCGCCGUGGAGGCCCUCAACGUCUUCUACUACUGCACCUACGAGGGGGCCGUGGACCUGGACGCCAUCACCGACGAGACGCAGCGCAAGGCUCUGGAGGGCAUCAUCAGCAACUUCGGGCAGACGCCCUGCCAGCUGCUCAAGGAGCCCCACCCCGCCCGGCUGUCGGCAGAGAGCGCGGCACGCCGGCUGGCCCACCUCGACACCCGCUCCCCCAACGUCUUCGAGAACCUUGACCAGCUCAAGUCCUUCUUCGUGGAGGGCAUCAGUGAUGGGGUGGCCCUGGUGCAGGCCGUGGUCCCCAAGAACCAGGCCCAUUCCUUCAUCACUCAGGGAUCCCCCGACAUUCUGGUCACUGUGAGUGCCAACGGCUUGCUGGGGACCCACAGCUGGCUGCCCUACGACAAGAACAUCUCCAACUACUUCAGCUUCACCAAAGACCCCACUGUCACCAACGCCAAGACCCAGCGCUUCCUGCAGGGCCCCUUCGCCCCCGGGGCCGACCUGAGCUCCCGCACGCUGGCCGUGUCCCCCGACGGGAAGCUGCUCUUCAGUGGGGGACACUGGGACAACAGCCUCCGUGUCACCUCGCUGGCCAAGGGCAAGGUGGUGGGGCACAUCACCCGGCACAUAGAUGUUGUCACCUGCCUGUCACUCGACCUCUGCGGCAUCUACCUCAUUUCUGGCUCUCGGGACACCACCUGCAUGGUGUGGCAGGUCCUACAGCAGGGUGGCUUUUCCAGCGGCUUGGCUCCCAAACCCGUCCAGGUGCUGUACGGCCACGACGCCGAGGUGACGUGCGUGGCCAUCAGCACCGAGCUGGACAUGGCCGUGUCCGGCUCCAAGGACGGCACCAUCAUCACCCACACCGUGCGCCGGGGUCUCUUCAUCCGCUCCCUGCGGCCGCCUGGCGAGAGUUGUCCCCCCGCCCUCCUGUCCCACCUGGCCGUGGGGCCCGAGGGGCAGGUGGUGGCCCAGACCGCUGUGGGGCAGCCCUCCUGCUGCAAGGACAGGUUCGCGCUGCACCUGUACUCGGUGAACGGGAAGCUCCUGUCCUCCAUCCCGCUGGACCGGGAGGUGACAGCCAUGUGCCUGACCGAGGACUUCGUGGUGCUGGGGACCUCGGAGUGUGGGCUGGAGAUCCGUGAGCUCCAGAGCCUCAGGGCGGCCGUGCCCCCGGUGCCCAUGCGCGUGCCCGUGCGCAGCGUGUCCGUCACCAAGGAGAGGAGCCACAUCCUGGUGGGGCUGGAGGACGGGAAGCUCAUCGUGGUGGGAGCUGGGCAGCCCGCGGAGGUGAGCGGGACCCCCGGGACGCCAGGACGUGGCUCGGUGUCCCCUGGGUGUUCCCAGGGUGGGGACAUCGGUGUGUCCUCUCCAGAGCUGGGGUGGGCAGGGAAUGUGGGAUAGGGAUGGGGUGGACAU